CCUGUGUCAAGUGCCAUCACUUCUUCAAAACAAAUAUCAUUUAUUAUUUUCUUUAUAUCCGCACUUGUUUCUCUCAAAAUGUCCAACCAGGAGACCCAGGUAUCCAGCCUGCCGAUGCCGCCGGAGCGGUACAUCGCCAAUUACACGGAUGAGAAUAUCCGCCGCAACCGAGCGCCACGCCCACCGCCGCCGCCGGCGCAGCACGAAGUAUAUAGCAUGUUUGGCAUCCAGUACAACAACGACGAAAUGAUCCGCAGCUUGGAGUCCCAGAACAUCAAGCGACUGAUCCCCAUCCAUUUUGACCGGCGCAAGGAGCUCAAGAAGCUCAACCACUCCCUGUUGGUUAACUUCCUAGAUCUCAUUGACUUUCUUAUCCUGAAUCCUGACAGCCCGCGGCGCACGGAAAAGAUUGACGAUAUCAGUCUGCUGUUCGUCAACAUGCAUCACCUCCUCAAUGAGUUUCGCCCACAUCAGGCGAGGGAAACGCUGCGCGUCAUGAUGGAAAUGCAGAAGCGGCAGCGCGUGGAGACCGCCACCCGUUUCCAAAAGCACUUGGAACGUGUGCGCGAGAUUGUUAAUACCGCCUUCUCAGCUCUGCCGGUUCUAGAUGAUGACGACGAUAGCGGCGGAGCAAAGAUUAAGACGGAGGUGGAUCCGUUGGAGGCGAAUGCGGCGGCCAAGAAUGAUCCCAGUUACCAGCAUGACCGCAUGUUGUGCAAGCUGGUGGACGCCAUCGAGUAAGCUGAGUUGGGAGAAGACUGGACAUCGACGCUGGAAUAGUGUCAAUCAUUGUGAAUGGCUUGAAAAAAAAGAGCUCCUCAUAUUUAUAACUGCUUUUAGUGUAAGAAAUAAAACCCCAACCGUGUGAUGAGAAUCUUGCA